GCUUCGCCCUGGCUGGCGCAUCCGCCUCUGCUCUGCUCUCUGUUUACAUCGGGGCUGAUAACUGGUGCUCGCUUCCCCACCUAGCGUCAUGUCCCCGUCCCGCACAGCCUUGCUUUUAUCCCUUGUUGUUUGUAGUGGCCUUUGUUUCUCUGCUCCUGGUGACAAUGUAACUUCUCGAAGAUAGUGUUAAAUCUUCGACUUCACUCCACCUCCUCUCUGCCUUUUUCUAAUCUGGGGUAGUGACUUUUAGGCCCGUCCAGGUGACAGAAACCCCAUACCCUGUGACUUCUGGACUCUUGCUUGUCAGUGUACCCCUUUCUCGGGCUCUGGAUGAUGUCAGAGCAGGACCUGGCAGAUGUGGUUCAGAUUGCAGUGGAAGACUUGAGUCCUGACCACCCAGUUGUUUUGGAGAAUCAUGUCGUGACGGAUGAUGAUGAGCCUGCUUUGAAGCGCCAGCGACUAGAGAUCAAUUGCCAGGAUCCCUCUAUAAAGUCUUUCCUGUACUCUAUUAACCAGACGAUAUGUUUGCGGUUGGAUAGCAUUGAGGCCAAGUUGCAAGCUCUUGAGGCUACUUGCAAAUCUCUGGAGGAGAAGCUAGACCUGGUCACCAAUAAACAGCACAGUCCCAUCCAGGUCCCUAUGGUGGCUGGUUCCCCACUUGGCGCCACCCAGACCUGCAACAAAGUGCGAUGCGUCGUCCCCCAGACUACAGUAAUACUCAACAAUGAUCGGCAGAACGCCAUUGUAGCCAAGAUGGAAGACCCAUUGAGCAACAGGGCACCGGAUUCCCUGGAAAAUAUCAUUAGCAACGCUGUUCCUGGGCGUCGGCAGAAUACCAUCGUGGUGAAGGUGCCUGGUCAGGACGACAGUCACAAUGAAGAUGGAGAGAGUGGAUCAGAGGCCAGUGACUCCGUGUCUAACUGCGGCCAGCCAGGAAGUCAGAACAUUGGAAGCAACGUCACACUUAUCACCCUGAACUCUGAAGAGGACUAUCCCAAUGGCACCUGGCUGGGUGAUGAGAAUAACCCUGAGAUGCGGGUACGUUGUGCCAUCAUCCCCUCCGACAUGCUGCACAUCAGCACGAACUGUCGCACCGCUGAGAAGAUGGCGCUGACGCUGCUGGACUACCUGUUCCACCGUGAGGUGCAGGCUGUGUCCAACUUGUCGGGCCAGGGCAAGCACGGGAAGAAGCAGCUGGACCCCCUCACUAUCUAUGGCAUCCGGUGUCACCUCUUCUAUAAAUUUGGAAUCACGGAAUCUGAUUGGUAUCGGAUCAAGCAGAGCAUUGACUCCAAGUGCCGUACAGCCUGGCGGCGGAAGCAGCGAGGCCAGAGCCUGGCGGUCAAGAGCUUCUCUCGGAGGACACCAUCCUCAUCCUCCUACAGUGCCUCAGAGACCAUGAUGGGAACCCCUCCACCUACCAGUGAGCUACAGCAGUCACAGCCACAGGCCCUACACUACGCAUUGGCCAACGCACAGCAAGUCCAGAUCCACCAGAUUGGAGAGGACGGACAGGUGCAAGUAAUUCCACAGGGCCACCUACAUAUUGCCCAGGUGCCUCAAGGGGAGCAGGUGCAGAUCACACAGGACAGUGAGGGCAAUCUGCAGAUCCAUCACGUGGGUCAGGAUGGACAGUCGUGGGGCCUGUGCCAGAAUCCCAUUCCUGUGAGCGGUGACUCAGUGGCCCAGGCUAACCCCUCCCAGCUUUGGCCUCUGGGAGGAGACACACUUGAUCUGCCUGCUGGAAAUGAGAUGAUCCAGGUACUGCAGGGUGCUCAGCUCAUAGCCGUGGCCUCUUCAGACCCUGCAGCUACAGGAGUAGAUGGGUCGCCUCUCCAGGGCAGUGACAUUCAGGUUCAGUAUGUCCAGCUGGCGCCCGUGAGUGACCACACGGCUGCAACGCAGACAGCUGAGGCACUGCAACCCACUCUGCAGCCUGAAAUGCAGCUUGAACACGGGGCCAUCCAGAUCCAGUGAGACCAGGCAUUGUAGGAGCACCGCACCACAGCUGCUCACUGACCUGCCCUGUGCCCUGCUCUCUUGCUUCAGCAAGCAACUGCAGGUUCUACUGGGCAUCCGAGAGCUCCUCCUCCCAGGGAAAGGUCCUGGCCACCCCCUGCUGGAAGGUGCCUCAGGGUUUGCGUCUCACUGCUGGUCUCCAAAGGAGAGGCAUAGUGCAGAGUGUUGAGUACGUUCAGAAAAACAAGAACUACGAUAUUUUGUUUAAACAGCUUUUUUAAUUUGCUAUGGUGUUUAUAACAAAAAAGAAAAUGGAAAAAAAAAAACCACACAACCACCCCCACCCCAAACAUACAAACAAACAAAAACCAGAACAGAAACACAACUGUGGAGUAGUGGAAGCCUGGGCCGUGUGCUCCCUUGGGGUCCUGACGUAGGUGUUGGAGCCAGCUGACGAUGCUGGAGCACUUCGGACCUGCUGCUAGAGGAGUGCUCCAAAGGGAGUGCUCCCAGUGUGAUUAUGCAUUUCGAAUGAAAUAAAGUGUAUUUAUGGCCACAGAGGCUCAGUGUUGUUGCACCAUGAGAGGACUUCCCCAGGGUGCCAUUUCCCAGGAUGGGCACUGGGACGGAUACUCAUCUCCAGGUCUAUGCUACCAGAGGGCUCCUGCUUUGGCUGUCUCUCCUGGGGAGCAUGAGCUGCCCCUGGGGCAACUGGCUCCCACUUCAUCACAGUGAGCCCUCCAAGGCAAGGCCGUUCUAACCCAUUCUCUUCUGAACCUUAGGCUCACAAACUGCAACCCCAGGGUCCUGAGAACGAGCCCUGCGGAGAAGGCGUGACUGCAGAGCUAGCAGGUUCAAGUGUCACAUGAGUGGCAUGCGAAAUGCCCCUAAAGUCCCUUCUGACUGACAGUGCCUGCUUGACACUUUCCUGGGAGGAUUUCAAAGUUGUGGUCCCAAAUUAUCAUGCCUCUGCCUCACGCCACGACAUUCUGAAUUCCUGGGCUGGUUAUUCACCAGGGCACAAUGAGGGAGCAGAGGAGAGCAGCCCUAUGGAAUAGACAAUUUGGCAUGGUUGUGGCCAUCUUCGUAGGAGACUUGCCACUGGUGGAGGUGGCCCCAUGAGGGGAAAUGGGGAAAGGCAUGCGGGCUGGGUUACAAGGCUGUGUAAGACACCUGGCUGGGCAGGGUCCCACUGGGUUACAAGACUGUGUAAGACGCCUGGGCAGGCUCUCAGGCAAGAGUGGAGAGCCAAAAAGUCCAGAGAGGAAAGCACACUCCAGAAAGAGCAUGGCAUAGACCCACAUCCAGAUACACAGUCAGAACCCUGGAAGGUAACUGCUUCUAGCGCAGUCAGGUCUUCAAAAAACACGUUGGGAAAGCUAGUUGACAGUGUGCCGUGCGACCCUGCAGUUGUAAUCCCAAGAAGACCCUCUGUGUCUGUACACACACCCAAUGCCCCAUUCAUAAUGGCCUGAAGGGGAGAUGGCGUGAAAGUCCAGCACGUGAACAGGUGGGCAGAGCAUGCCUCUCAGUACAGAGGAUAGUUGGCUGCCAAAGGAUGGGCAUCCUGGCCCACUCUCGGGCAUGAUGAACUUGCAGACGUGAGUGAGUGAGUGAAAGAAGCAGGGUGAGAAGACUGCGCACAGAAAGACUAUAUGAAUGGACAGAUUCACAGAAACAGAUCGUCAGGACCUGAAGGGAGGAACAGCAGCAGGGGGUAGUGUAUCCUGUGGGGUGCUGGAUCUGCUCUGGAUUGGAUAACUGAUGUUUGUGCAGUAUACCAGGUGACUACAUGAAAUGUUUGGUGUUCACUGUAUCUCAAGGCUAUUUUUGAUAAAUGGUCGCAUUUGGCAGGAACAUAAAAAUUGAGCUAAAGAUGCCCAUGGCAAGGAGGUCCUAGGGGAUUUUCAAGACCAGGAAGGAAUGUGGGCCCAGAUUGCAGUUCUCCAGCAAGAGACCACUGGACCUCUUGGGACAGAGAUGGACCUUAAGUGAUCUGUAGAAAGUGGACUCUCUAAGAUUAAAGAAGCAAAACAGUGGAAAGCAUGACUGUCUUGGGACAGGCAAGAAGAGGGAAUUAAAGUUCUCUAAAUUGCCUUGAAGAAAAACGUGUGCAGUUUUCAGCCUUCAGUAUCCGGAAACUAUAGAAGCAUGCUACUGUUUGUAAAGACUCCAGUGCUUGUCCGGGUGGCUCGUAGCCCUGGCCUUGUCCUUGUAGGCCAUCGCCCAGCAGCUCGAGAAAGGUCUAUUCUAAGCUGUUCUCUGGAGCACUGCUAAUGGACUCUUCUUCUCAGGCUGUCAGCCAUAUUGUAUGUUCUCGGACCACGUGGAAUCAAGGUAGAUUUUAAUGAGGAAAAAACUUCCCAUAGGUCAAGUAAAUAAAAUUGGAUUCAUGAAAAAUACACUUAAUUGAAUGACAAAGAUGUCAAAAUGUGCUGAGAAAAGCUGAAGACAAGCUUGGGACAGGGAAUUAAGUCUGGAUUCAAAUGCCAAAGCAGUGUUGGUGCUGUGGGAGAAUUACAAAUGUUCAUUUAUACAAAUGUUCAAAUAAUUGAUUAACUCCUGGUACAAGAAGGAUGGUGGAUACAAGUUGCCACUGUGGGUCUCCACAGAUCCUCAGGAGUAGAAGAUGAGGCUCUCCCAGAAUUGGAUGGAUGGAUUGGGAAAGGAGGGGAAGGAAGGAAGGAUUGUUGUUGCUUCUGAAUGUCUGAGCUACCUCAAAAGGUGAACAGGCUGUGCUUGGUGACAUCAGGUGACAUGUCACCCCACCCCAGGUUGAGUCAGGUUCAGCCAUGCGUACUUAGUAUAUUUUUAAAGUCAUGUGACUUACUGUGGUACUAGAACCAUGUGGUUAUCUUAAGCAGAAAAAUGGUAUGUAAAAUUUGCCUGUUCAUAGUUAAGAGAACUUUCAGCAAACUCACAAUAGAUCUGAUCAGAGACAUUUCUAAGAAACCUGUGACAGAUAUCCCUGAACAUGGACUUGGAAAGCCUGGUGUGAAAAAUGAGAAGGCCUGGCUCCUUGAUUAUCCUGAAGUUGGAAAGCAAGACGGCCUCUGUCUAUAUAACUCGGAUGUGGACACCCCAGGAUCUGACCCAAAAUCCUGUGAGUGUGUUUUGCCUGGGUGCUGGCUACAGGCCACUUAGAAGUCCACUCCCAUCUCAACCAGAAUCAGCACAAUGCUCUUAACUGCUGAUUACAGACUGUUAGAAGCUUUAACCCACAGAGGUAAAUUUAAGGAGAUGCUGAGGCAGAUGUUACUGAAUUAGAGGAAAGCCAAGGAAAAGCCUGAUCUGAGAAGCAGGGUUCUCUAAAUGGUGCAGCUAAGCAGGGCCUUCUGUGGCAGUGGAUAAGAGUGAUGAAGACUGGUUGGAGAGAUGGCUCAGUGGUUAGAGUGCUUACUGCUCUCCCCUCCCCACUGGGGAGAGCUCACUGCCUAUAACCUGAUGCCCCUUUGAUUUCCCCAUAUCCUCCCACUCACAUGGCAGACACAAGCACAGGAAUAAAAAUAAAUCUUAAAGAACGACAA